CUAAAUAAGGCAAGGGCGGAACAAGCAUUUCGAUGGAAAGUGUGUGGGGGGGGAGACAGAGAAAGAUACGAGGGAGGCAUUGAACCGAUUCCCAUUGUUGAGUUUUUUCAAGUAUUAUUUAAAAGAAAGAAACGGAAUAAAAAUGUCCUAUGAAACAAAAUACAUAUUUGCUACACUACCCAGGACACAAAGGGGACAGCCUCUUGUAUUAGGAGGUGAUCCUAAAGGGAAAAAUUUUUUGUAUACUAAUGGUAACAGUGUAAUCAUUAGAAAUAUUGAUAAUCCAGCUAUUGCAGAUAUUUAUACAGAACAUUCAUGUCCAGUCAAUGUUGCAAAAUAUUCCCCAAGUGGGUUUUAUAUAGCAUCAGGUGAUCAAUCAGGCAAAGUACGUAUUUGGGACACUGUCAAUAAAGAACAUAUUUUAAAAAAUGAAUUCCAUCCUAUUGGAGGGCCUAUUAAAGACAUAGCAUGGUCACCUGAUAAUCAGCGUAUGGUAGUUGUUGGAGAAGGAAGAGAAAGAUUUGGUCAUGUAUUUAUGGCGGAAACCGGUACAUCUGUAGGUGAAAUCUCAGGCCAGAGUAAGCCUAUUAAUUCAUGUGACUUCAGACCUGCUAGACCAUUUAGAUUAAUCACAGGAAGUGAGGACAAUACUAUUGCUGUUUUUGAAGGACCGCCAUUUAAAUUUAAAAUGACCAAGCAGGAGCAUACUCGAUUCGUUCAAGCUGUACGUUAUUCGCCUAGUGGUAAUUUAUUUGCAUCUGCAGGAUUUGACGGGAAAGUAUUUAUUUAUGAUGGUACAAGCUCCGAUUUAGUUGGAGAAGUAGGAUCUCCAGCUCACCAAGGCGGAGUAUACGGAGUGGCUUGGAAGCCAGAUGGAACGCAGUUAUUAACUGCAUCUGGUGAUAAAACGUGUAAACUUUGGGACGUAGAAACUCGCUCAUUGGUUAGUGAAUUCAAUAUGGGAUCGACAGUUGAUGAUCAACAAGUCAGUUGCCUUUGGCAAGACAAACAUUUACUAUCUGUAUCUCUAAGUGGCUUUAUUAAUUAUCUGGAUGUUGCUAAUCCAACGAAACCUCUUAGAAUAAUAAAGGGCCAUAAUAAACCAAUAACAGUAUUAACUUUGAGUCCUGAUAGAGGUACAAUUUAUACUGGAUCUCAUGAUGGGUAUAUUACCAACUGGAAUGCAAAAACGGGAGAUAAUGACCGUGUCCAAGGUCACGGGCAUGGAAAUCAAAUUAAUGGAAUGAAAGCUACAAAAAAUUUGCUUUAUACCGCUGGUAUCGAUGAUACUUUAAGAUCGGUUGAUAUUGAUACAAACACGUAUACAGAUACAGCUAUAGUUAAACUGGACUCGCAGCCGCGGGGUCUAGAUAUUUACACAGAUCUAGCUGUAAUUGCAACCGUUCGCCAGAUAACAGUUACACAAGAUGGACGAAAGGUAUCAAAUACAUCAAUCGAUUACGAACCAUCUUGUGUGUCAAUUAAUCAAGAAAAUGGUGAUGUAGCUAUAGGAGCGACAUCAGACAAUAUGAUUCGUAUAUAUACCUUAUCAGGUACGAAUCUAACUCCGAAAAUGGAAUUAGAACAUUUAGGUACAGUUACAGACGCUGCUUAUAGUCCUGAUAGCAAAUACUUGGUUGCUUGUGACACAAACCGAAAGGUGGUUCUUUAUACUGUACCAGAAUACAAGAGGCUUGCGCACAAUAGGGAGUGGGGUUUCCAUAACGCAAGAGUGAAUUCUGUAGCAUGGUGUCCUAAUUCAGCUAUGGUUGCAAGCGGUAGUCUUGAUACGACGAUCAUCAUUUGGAGCGUAACAAAUCCAGCAAAACAUACUAUUAUUAAAAAUGCUCAUCCUCAAAGUCAAAUAACACGUUUAGUUUGGUUAGAUGAGGAAACAUUGAUUUCAGUCGGGCAGGACUGUAAUACUAAAAUAUGGCGUAUAGAAAAGAUUUAAUUAAUGUUUUUCUGAAGAUAUGUUGUUUUUCCUUUCUAAAAGAGCUUAAUUUUUUGAAUGCAUUUUAUUUAUUUUGUAGUCAUUGAAUAAUAUUGUAUAUUAUUUUUGAAUACGACUUUUCAAAUAAGAUUGAUUAGUCUAUAUUACAAUCAUUUACAUUCGGUAUAUUGAAAUAAUCAAAACAAGUACAUACUAUAUACAAACGAAAUUGCAACAAUAUCUCUUUACAUUUUUGCGCCAGUGUGAAUUAUAAACAACAGUUUUUUAUACGACAGGUAUUUUUUAAAUAUUUACAAUGUAAUGAAGGAAACAUGCCCUUUUUUCUGAUUCAUCGAUUUUUACUGGAUGAUUUGUAAAAAGUAUUAAUUAUGAAAAAAAAUCAUCAAAACAGAAAAUGUCUGUCUAACAUCUACUUUGUCUUUAUUAAAACAGUGUAACGAUAACAAGAAAACAGUAACAAUUCGAACACUAAGGGUUUCGAGGAACGUCA